UUGUUGCGAGCUUUCUGGUUUAUUCUGAAACAACGUUCCCGACAUCGACGCUUACUGACAUUGGGUUCGCCCCUGUUUAGCCCAACUCUGGAGGCUUCCUGGCAUCUUCUCACCACCUCUCGCAAUCAUAUUCUUUCCAAGGCGACCCGUUCGCCCCUCCCUCGGCCCCGUCGACGUUGAACCCCUCAGUCUUCAACAACACAAUCAACAACAUGGUCUAUCCUCCCCCUCCCCCCCUUCCUGGCCAUUCACCGACAAGCCGCCACUCCGGUACCUUUGCAAGCGAGAAGACUACCACGCCCAUCCCAUUGGACUUUGUGCAACCUUUCGAAGAACAUCCUCGUCGAGGCUCAGGUGCAGUCUACUGGACCCCAAAGACGGACAAACGGGACCUAGGCCGCACAGAAUCUGCUCAAAGCAGCCAAAUAUCCAAUGUCGGUCUCAAAAGGAGGCCGAGCGUCGUCGACGAAGAGAUAGCCGGACUAGCUUUGGCAGAUUUGAGCGCGGGUCUCAGCAUCGAUGAGGUCAAGGCCAGGAGAGACAACUUGGCUGGUGCAAAGAGCAAAAAGAAGCCUAGGAAAGAGUCUAACGUCAAGACUGAGAACGUUGCCAAGAAGAGCUGUUCGGAAUGUCGAAGAUUAAAGGCAAAAUGCGACCGUGUCUUCCCGUGUAGCAACUGUCGACGCCGUGGUUGUGCUCUGGUUUGUCCGGACGGAGAUCUCAGCUGCAUGCAGGGUAAACGAUUGGUUCUUGCCUCCACCGAGGAGCUACACGACAGGAUUGCUCAACUUGAAACGGCCCUCGCCCACUCACACUCCCAGACUGCAGACACGACACAUCCUCUGCUCGCUCCCCAAUUUCUCGACGGAGGUUUCGUGAAUGCCACCCCACCGCCUGAUCUAGAAAGCCCAAAGCGGAAUUCAUUGCCGCUGACAGCCCGGCUUCCAGUCAGCGGAGAACAUUCUCCAUUGACUCGGGGUUCCGAUGCUAGCUUCACAAUACAAACACCUCAACCCGAGAAUGAUCGAGGCGCUUCUCAAGGUCGAAUGGCUGUUCAGUCUUUGCUAUCGGAUGAUACUGCGGCCUCAGAGGGCAAGAAAGAGCUCGAAUGGGUCGGAGCUAAUGCAGCGCCGGCCUUGAUGAUGGGAGCGGAGGCCAAUCAUGGCCUCGAGGACAAAGCCGAGCAUCACCGACUAGUUGAGCGACUCCAAAAGCUGCUGCGCAUACUGCCUCCUCGUGUAGAGACAAGAAGGCGAGCCGACCAUUUCUUCCAGAACUGCCAAUGGUACCAGACCAUGCUUGAGAGCGAAGAAUUCGACCGUGUCUACGAGCCAGCGGUAUACGAGCCCACCACCGCCAAUCCUCUCUCCCCGCACAAAUUGGCGUGCGUACUCAUGGUCUUGACGCUGGACACGUACUUUGAUCUCACGGAAGAGGAGGACAAUCCGGCGGUAGGCAGAUACUGGGAGGGUGUCCAAAAGUGCUUCGACACGCGAUUCGGCUGGGCUGCCAGCGUCGCCGGAGUUCAGGCAUUGGCUCUCGCUUCCAUGUUCGUCGCUCUUGGCUGGAGAGGUGCCAAAGCCAGUAACUUUUACUGGCUGAGACAGAUGACGUCCGCUGUUCAACAGCUCGGUCUGCACAAGGAUCCUCAUCCCUCAUUACCGGAGAGCGAACGCAACUUCCGACGUCGCGUCUUUCACGAGUCUUUUCUUAUCGACUGUCUCAUGAGUAUCAACCAUGGCCAACGUAAUGGGAUUGCCCUGGAAGGCGUGGAAACUCGAAUGCCGGAAAAUGUCAGCUUCAUGCGGACCACCAAGUACAACUAUAUGCGGUUGGUCAAAGCAGCCGUCAUCGAUAUUGGCUGUCGAUCCGCGGAAAAUCCAGCCUCAUGGGAAGAUAUACAACGGGUCGCAUCAAUCAUCCGGCAAUACGAUGCUAGUUGUCGAGGGGAGUUCCACUGUCCUUUACUCCGCGGAGAACCUCUGCCGCCAAAGAGUGAGAAUCCGACUCAUAUGGACAUCAGGUGUCUCACGAGUACCACCAUGUCCAUGUGCCACUACAAAGCCAUGCUGUUCCUCUAUCGACCGUCCCUACGUAGACUGAUCGAGAGACUUCGCUACAAGCCCAGCCAAGAUCCCACAUUCUUCGACGAGCGGGAUAAGGAGGUAGUCUCCAUGACUUAUGCGGCGUGUCGGGCUAUCAUCUCCUGCUCGCGAUAUCUUAUUCGAACUCAUCCUCUACUUUCCGCUCGAUUCUGGUCGGUCUGGGUUCAAGCGUUGUCUGCAGCCGUCUCACUCGCAGCUCUCGCCAUCUGGUGUGGGCCACAUCUGGAACCGACGUUUAUCGCUUCAGCUUAUUUAGAGCUCACUGAAGCCGUCAAUGCGGUCGAGGAGAGCAAUUCUAAGAGGAGUCGGGGUGUUCUAGCAUUGUUUCCAGUCAUACAGACCACAGUUCACCAGCGAUACCCUCAGUUGAUUGGCAAGGACUCAAACACCUCGACUAUCUGUCAGCAGAAUGAAGACAUGCUCUUUGCUUUGUUAGGAGGACAUGUCAUUCAGCAAGGUGUUUCUCCAACUCAAGGGCCGUUAAUGAAUCCUCCCUUCUCUGAGAGGCAGAGAACCCCGACCGCGGCUGUUUCACACAUCCCAAGUCAAAGUCAAAGCCAGUCCGAAUCGACCGAGCUGUCAUCUAGUAACCAAUCGUCGACUGGCUACCCAUCUACCACGAGCUAUCCCCCACCGUAUCUGAAUGGCGAAUCACAAAUGGUCGUUCCUUUCGUUGGAUAUCAACCUCUAGCCAACCCAUUCGAAGUGUAUCAACAACCACCGCCAAUGAUUUACAGCUUACCUCCAGACCAGGCUACCCACCAAGCCGAGACGACGCAAGCACACCCUCCCAUGUCGACUCAUUCUUCCUCGGAGAUGCUAGAGGGAAUGCCAUUAACCCAAGAUAUUCGCGGCACCAGCGUUGCGGUAGAUCCCUCCUCAGGAGAAGACCUGGCCAAACUGGAUGUUUCGGAGCUCUGGGCUAGACUGCAGACCUUUUAUGAGCCUUCUCCGGCAUACUGGGGUCAGAGUGUGGGCACUGGCGACUUUCGUCUGGGAACAGCGCAGCAGCACCCAGUGGCUUCGGGAAAUUAGGGCAGGCGUGAAUUCCGAG